AUGUCUCCCAUCAUCGCACUGCAGCAAGCGCCAGUGCAGUUUUCAAUAUACGCCGAGCGAGAGAAAAAGAGCCUGUUGUGGCGUAAUGGCCUAGUCGAAGUUGGGGGUCGGCCCCUGAGAGAGAUCGACCUUAAGUGGUGGCGGACUCAGAUUGGCCUCGUGCAGCAAGAACCGUUUCUGUUCAACAGCAGCAUUUAUCAAAAUGUUGAGUUUGGUCUUAUAGGCACUGAAUGGGAAAAUGCCGAUCUGGAGACCAAGAAAGAGCUUGUAAAACAGGCUUGCAAGGAGUCCUUCGCCGACGAGUUUAUCAGCCGGUUACCGGAGGGUUACUCGACCGUUGUCGGCGAUGCGGGCAUCAAGCUGAGUGGCGGCCAACGUCAACGAAUAGCCAUCGCCCGCAGCAUUGUAAAGCGGCCGAAAAUUCUUAUUCUGGACGAGGCAACUUCUUCGAUUGAUGUUCGCGGGGAAAAGGUGGUACAGGCAGCCUUGGAAAAAGUGUCGAAAGACCGCACGACUAUAGUGAUUGCACACCGGCUCGGUACCAUUAAGAAGGCUGACAACAUCAUAGUUCUGCGCAAAGGUCAGGCUGUUCAGCAAGGCACGCACUCUGAUCUUAUGGCUGACGAGGGGGGCGCCUACUGGACACUUGCUACCGCUCAAAAGCUUGUGAUGGAUUCAACCGACCUUGAUGAGCUACCGAGUGACCUUAGUGACAAGCUGGAGGUUACGGAAUAUGACACACCCACGGCUGACUCAGCGAGUACAAUGAUGAGAACAAGCGCCAGUGUUGGUGAGAAGCCCCGAACGACAGGCGGCAUGAGAAACUACAUGCUCCUGCUUUCCGAGCAGAAAAAGCACUGGAAGUGGUAUAUCGUAUUGAUUCUGAGUGCAAUCGGUGGUGGAGCCAGCCAGCCGAUAUCUGCCUACCUCUUUGCAACAGAGAUCACACUGUUCCAAUCUUGGGGUCCAUGGCUCCCAGGCCUCGCCGGCUUCUGGAGUCUGAUGUUCGUUAUGCUUGCCAUCCUGGUUGCGAUAUCUUACUUUGCGUUAGGGUGGUCGUCUUCGACAAUUGCAUUUUCUAUCGGCUUUUUCGACGCUGACGAUCACUCGUUCCUCAAUGCCGCUCAUCGUAGCAGCUCUUUUUUUCGCAUUCGAUACGAAGCGCGGUUUGAGAAGAUGAACAAUGAGGUCUUCGCAGAGAGUGCCAAGUUCGCAACCGAGUCCAUCACUGCUUUUAGGACGGUUUCGGCUUUGACUCUAGAAGACACCAUUUUAAAGCGAUAUGAAACGCUCCUUUGCGAACAUGUCAAGAACUCGUUUGGAAAGUCCAGUUGGGUUACCUUGCUAUUUGCCGUGGCCGACAGCAUCGCUCUUUUGUGCAUGGCUUUCGUCCUCUGGUAUGGCGGAUCUCUAAUGCUCAAAGGCGAAUACUUGCCGUUCCAGUAUAUGAUCGUUUACAUUGCUGUCCUUCAGGGUGGAUUGGGAGCAGGCCAAUGGUUGAGCUAUGGACCUAAUGUUGCAAAAGCGAGUGUAGCGGCAGAUAGAAUCCUUGAGAUGAGGGCCAAUGGCCAGGAAACAGGAACACCCCCACCACUCGACCGAGGUAGCAUGGAGGACGGUGACAGUGGUGUCAAAGUCGAGUUCCGCAAUGUACGGUUCAAAUAUCCAACAAGGGAUGUGCCAGUGCUUAACGGCCUUGACCUGACGAUUGAGAAGAACCAGUUUGCCGCCAUAGUCGGGCCUUCUGGUUGUGGGAAGACAACCGUGGUCUCGGCUCUUGAAAGGUUUUAUUCCGCGGACUCCGGUCAGAUCCUCUACAACGGGACAGACAUAUCAGCCGUCUCUCUUGAAGAUUACCGCAGAGAUAUAUCUCUCGUCUCACAAGAACCCAAUCUUUUUGAUGGGACGAUCAGAGAAAAUAUCCUUCUGGGAGUAAACACCGAUACUACCACGGAAGAGCAGGUCCAGCAGGCCUGUCGUGACGCCGAGAUCCACGAGUUCAUCAUGUCUCUCCCAGACGGAUACAACACCGAGAUUGGAUCAAGGGGUGUGACAUUGUCCGGUGGGCAGAAACAACGCUUUGCAAUUGCAAGAGCGUUAAUACGGAAUCCUCGUCUGCUUCUCUUGGACGAAGCCACGUCAAAUCUGGAUGGGGAUACCGAAAGGGCAGUACAGGCCGUCUUCGAAAGGACCAGGAAGAACAGAACGAUUAUCAUGGUGGCUCACCGUCUUGCCACUAUCCAGAACGCUGAUAUCAUUUUUGUUCUUGGAGACGGCCGUGUGUUGGAAAAGGGAAACCAUGCGACACUGUUGAAGAUGCGUGGGAUCUAUUACCAGAUGUGUCACGCUCAAGCGCUGGAUAGGUAG